AGUCGUCGUUUGUAGUUUAUAUAUGAAACUAUCGCGAAAAUUGGCGGUUCUCUGCGCUUUUUUCUUAAUUUGCUUUUGAUAUCGUUCUCGUUUUUUCGUUUGGACGCGUACUAUUGUCAUUAGUUUCAUAUGGUGCGAGAAGUACAGUUGUUACAGUAAUGAUUGAAUUAAGCAUAUGUUCACUCCUUCCAGGUAAAACAACAAAUAAAACGAAAUCAGACAUGACUACGAUCUGCUUUCGCCCGCCUCCUUUACCGCCUAAUAAAAAAUCAAACCAUCCGUCAAAUGCGAAUAGUCGUCAAACGCGUAUAAAACAAAACCACGCCCUUCUCUCUUCGACUUAUCUAAGUUUUCGCGAUUCAUCCGACGACGACGACAAUUUAAAUCUCCAAGAUAUCGGUGGUAUUAAGUUCAAAGACGCUUUAGGCGAAAAAAAGUGCCGGAAAUUAACUCAUACGAACUCCUUGAUAAGGAAAAAGGAUACGAGACCUGUUCUGAUGACGAGAAGUCAGUCCGAUGGGAAUAUCGAUAAGGCCGGAUUGUCUUCCACUUCUUCGGUUUCUAUCAAUCGGUACAUGAAAGUACUAAGCGGAAGCUGGAAGAAUCUACUAAAUUUGGGAGGCAUGUCGCGGCCACCCAAGCCGGCGGCAACUGCGAAGAAAGUAGCCCCUCCAGCCGUUCCACAUGAGUUCAGACAUUCUGGAAGUUCGUUCGGAUCCGCGGGAUAUGCUAGUUCAGAAGAUACAGGAUUACUGGCGUCGUCAGACACACCAGGUAUCCCCAGAGAUGACCAUUCCGAUUAUGGCAGCACAGUCAGCGGCAGCACUGGAAAGUCUCCAGGUCCAAUAUUUCCUGCUCCUUCCUUCACUUUCCCAGGUCAACUACCAGCUGGAACUGUUCUUACCCAUAAGACAGCCGUCUACUACCACCAUCAACUUAGCUUGCAAGAGGAUCAAGGGAUUGAUAUGACCCAGUCACCCGGUAGAGAUAGUCCAGGUUCUUCAAGUGGUAGCGCCGGUUCCGGUUCCAGACAUAGUACAGCUUCCUUAGAUAGUGGAAGAGCGUCUUACCAUCCAUUAAGCACGGCAGGAAGAAGUACCAUUGGUUCUUCGAAUAGUCCCAGAUGUUCUUUGAGUUCUUGUUCCAUCGGAUCCGAUCAAGGACGUAUCGAAAGAAUGAUACACCAAGGGAUACCGGAUCAAGAAAUAAUUCACUCUUGGCUGGUAGAUUUACAAUUUGAAGAAUAUUUUCCACUGUUUAUAGCAGCUGGAUACGAUUUGCCUACAAUAGGAAGAAUGACACCAGAAGAUUUGACUGCCAUAGGAAUUAAAAAACCGAAUCAUAGAAAACGUUUGAAAGCUGAAAUCGCUCAACUUAAUCUCCCUGACAACUUGCCCGAAUUCAUACCAGGGUCCCUAGAAGAGUGGUUAAAUUUGUUGCGAUUAGAUGAGUAUCUUCCUGCUCUUCUGGAACAAAAUUAUCAAACGGUAGACGACGUUACCCAGCUAACAUGGGAAGAUUUAGAGGAAUUCGGUAUAGUAAAACUAGGCCAUCAGAAAAAGAUAAUGUUAGCCAUAAAACGGAUCAAGGAUAUUAAGUCCGGAAAAAGAAUACACAAUGAUAAUAGAAUAUAUGCCACACAGGACGUCCUGGUGCACGCUCCUGUGGACCUUCCAUCGCCUGGUGUACCCCCAGUCCACAGCACUUUUCGUUCUUUUCACCAACCCUGGGAAAUCGACCAGACAAGGCAGCUACAGGCCGCAGGACAUCCACACUACGUACAAUCGUCAUUGUAUUGCACUGACAUUGUUCCUAUUAAGAUACGGACUGGUCGAGGUAAAUCAUUGGAAUCCCUAGAAGAUCCCAAUGAGAGAACACAUCAUACAUUUACUGCCGACAAUCCCCAAACAGUAUACUACCAACAACCGAUAGGCUGGCGUACAAGAUCAUAUGACGACGGUGAUAUAACACCAACUAAUGAAACAGCACUAUUAUACGAGGGAGGAGGGACCCUUCCGAGACCACGUGGCAUAAUUCGACCAAGACCUAUCGCUAAAAUAGCUGCUAAAGCUAGAGAAACUUUCCCGGACUUUGAGAAACCCCAAUUUAGCCCUCAGUAUAAAUCUUUACCAAGAGAUGUUAUAGAUGGUAGCGCUUAUCACGUGCAGUAUACUGGAAGUCCUCUCAUGGGGAAGAAAAUUCCACCGAAUCCACCCAAAAGGCAAGACAGUGAGUGUAAUGAACAAACAACCACGGUGGAAAUCCAUCACGUUCAGACCUCUAGUCCUUUACCUCUGCCUGCUUAUCCUAGUUCGGAUAGUCUUAGUAUAUCUUUAGAUAACCAAGGUGAUCUUCCACUACCGCCUCCACCGGCGCCGGGAACUCCUCCAGGAAUGUCCCAUACUCAGUGUAAGCUGAAUUCAUCUCAAUCUUGGAGCGUUGAGGAACAGGAGCUAAUCAAAACGUUGGCAUUGCAGCACAGAAACGGUUCUGACGCAAGCUUCAAGUCGAAUUCCAGUACAGAAUCUGAUUCUUUGCCAUUUGCCAACGAGAACGCCGGUACCAUCCGUACUCGCGCUGGCGGCGGCCGUGCCGCUGAGUUUUCUUCUCCUAAACCAACACGCCCCAGCGGUUUGCCACCUCAUCCGUCCCCCACGCCUAAUCGGCAACAACCGAACGUCCGAACACAAAGAUCGGAACCAGCUGAUGUCCUAAAUGAUAUAGGGAAUAUGUUAGCGAAUCUCACCGACGAAUUGGAUGCAAUGUUAGAAGAAGAAAAGAGGCAACAGUAAUUUGUUUGUACUUGGUAUAAGACUGAACAUCAAAUUUACUCUUAAAUUUGACGUAGAGGGUAAUCUUAAUAACUAGAAUCAAACAUUUCAUAAGAAAAUAUUUUAGGAAUUGAAAUUAUCAUAGUGUUCAGGUUACUCAUUUUUAAAGUUAAUAUUUAAUUUGAAGCAGUAAAUAUGUAACUGGAAAUGGAAAAAAUAUGAAUCACAACAAAGUAAAUCCAAGAAAAAAAACCGAGAAAAAAUAAUUUGAUUAUGAUUUGAAAAUAAAGAAUGAAAAGCAAGAGAUGAAAUUAAACAGUUGAACUAUCUAUGACAGAAGAAUAAAUAAAUCUAUGUGGCUAAAAGGCUACAACUUGUAUUUCUGCAUGAAUAUACAAAACCUGUAUAUUUACACAUGUAAAGUUGGUUGAAAAAAAAUGCAAAGAAAGCAAUAGAAAAUAUUUAAGUACAUAACUCCUAUGUAUGAGAAAAAGGGACAAUAAAAGUAACCUUUUUCAAAUUAAAACAUUUCUAUUUUUAAACUACAUAUAAUUUAUAGCAUUUUUUAUAGAAUUGUUUGAUUUUAGGUACUAAGAACUGGUAUUGGAAAAUAUUUUGAGGAACAUAGGAAGUAUCAAACUGGGUUCAUACAGAAAUUGAAAUAAUAUAACAUAAUAUAACAAAAUGAUAUCAAAAAUAAAAGUAUGCCUUAAAGAACUACUCAAAGGCGUUCAUAAAUGAUUUAAAACAAAGAUGAUCAACUUAUUGUUAUCUGAUUAUUUUAUGUUAAUGUAAAACACCCUGGUUGUCUUCAAUUUAUAAUUGUUAUCACCUUUGUUCUACACGACCGAGAAACCAGUAGCAUGGCCAGAAUUUUCAAAUGGGGGGGGGGUUUACCAAAAAUUUUGAGUCUCUUCCUACUCUCAGUGUCAGUAAAAAAGUUAUAAUGGAUACAAAUUAAUACUAAUAUGUUACACUAUUAUUAUUCAACAGGUAUAUUUUUACAAGUUUUACAAUAGAUCCUUUGGGUCACGGUGUAUAUGAUACCCCCAAAUCUACAUACACACAUACAAGUACCCUACUUAUUGUAUUCCAAAUUUAGGGGUAAUAAACGAUAAUUUAUGGAUUUAGAAUGAUCAUUUUUUAAAGAUCAUUUAAAAUUUCUUGGAAAUAUAUUCUAAACAGUAAAUAAAAAAAUCCAAAAAUAAGCGUAACAAGGGCUGAAAUAAUUUACCUCUUUCAGCUAAAGUUAUCCAAAUCUUUUUACAUGGUUUCGAAUUGACACCAAAAUGUUUGUUACUCUAUUAUUUUGGAUCCAGCAAAUCAGUAGGAGUGAUCUCACGAUAGACAUUGAGCAGACACAGACCAUUCAAACGUAUCUCACUUGUUAUGUUUCUGAGGUAGGAUUCUUCUAGUCUACUUAACGUCGAAAAAGACAAUUGUGGUCUACUGGUAGAGUAUUUUUGGGGUCACUGCGGGAAACCUUGCACCUAUUCAGUUAACUCAGCGCCAUUCUUUUUGAUAUCAUCAUAAACCUUUUUAAAUACUUUAUGUUUGGAGUACCCAAUACAUAAUACAUAAUCAAUAUGUACGUACAUAAAUAUCAAAUGUAACAAUAUAGAAAAUAGACGCCUGAUUGAGGAAAACCAAACAGGUAAAAAUAUCUAGGCUUUUCACGUUCAACUCGAUGUAUGUAUAUACGAAACUGAAUGUUAUUUUACUAUUGAAAUUACGAAAACAAAUUAUUCCUCACUCACACAAUAUUACUUCUACUGUCUAACUGAGAAUUUAUAUUCAUAUUCUUAAGUCCUUAAAAUUUUCUCCAAUACUGUAUAAAACUACUUAAUUUUGAAUCAAAAUAUUUAGCAGCUGAGUUAUAUUUCUUAUAGUUUUUUUUCAAUAUAGAAUUUAUAGAUACAAAUAAUUAUUUUAUCUUUGUAAAUAUUUUUUAGAUAGGGAGAUAUAUGUAAUGUAAAUUCUGUAAAACUUUUCGUUUUAUUUUUAUUCUAGUUUCAAAAAUAUAUUUUUUUAGGGGGUUAUCUACUCGUAUAAGUUUAGAAAUGUUUUAUUUUAUGAUCGUUUUAAUAUAGAUACAGGGUGAUCCGUAAUAAAAGGUAAAAGUAUGUGUACAGGGUCUGGACAAUAUUUUUACGUUAUUAAGCUGUCAAAAAUUGUUUAAUAAUUACAUUAGUUGAAAUUAGCUGUUUCUUAUCCAAAAUAAGUAUGCAAUUUUUAUUAAUCUAAUCGUGUUUCCUGAAAAACUCGAGAGACAUUUUAUUUUUAAUAAUAAUUAUCCCAAGAAUUUAUGAUUCCAACCUUUUAAUUUUAUUUUGGGACAUUCGUUCUCGUGUUUUAUGGAACACCCUAGUAUAUUUACCCUCAAAUUUGCUUAUCUUCGUAUUGAUUUAAUUCAGAUGUGUCAUAGAAUUUUAUUAUAAGCAAUGAUAUAGUUGAAAAAAAUUUUGGUGUUGAAAAUGGACAUAAAAUGAAUGUAAAUAAAAAAAAAUAGGUCUUGUACUAAAAUUGUAGGUAGAUGAUGUAAAAUGGAUAAAAGAAUUAGAAAUUAGAUACUUUUUGUACAGUCUUUUUAGUAUACGAAAUCUAGAUCGUUUUACAGCUAGAGUUAGGCUGUUUUCCAGGAACAUGUCACAAAUAUAAAUUGAGCUAUAUAGUUACCAUCAGUUUCCAUGUCAGUUUUAUUAGUACAUCUUUGAAAACAAGAUUCAUUAUCACUCGUAAUUGUUAGACUUUAAUUACCAAUGUUGCUUUGAGAAUUUUUAAAUUUACAUUUGAAACUUUGAGCUAAGAUAAACUGUGUUGAUGUAGAAAUGAUUCAGGAAUUAGUAAAAACGGUGUAAAUUUGUCCAAUAAAUUAUCAAUAUCGGAGCAACAAGCAGCUGCAGACAGUAAAAAGGAAAAAAUGUUGAUUAGAGACAAAUUUUCUCCACACUAAAUAGAUAAAUUAUAAAGACUCUAUAGAUCCACACUGUGGCGAUAUAUUACUACUACUACCACUAGCACUAAGGCCCUCAAAGAGCCUUGGUCUCAUCUACCACAAUCCUCCAGUCAUCACGGUCCAAUGCUCAGCGUCUACACCUCCUCACAAUUACCUCCAGAAGAUCCACUUCUACAUCAUCCAGCUAUCGUUUGCGCGGUAGCCUAGACAGUCGUCGCCCUCGGACUUCUGCCAGUACGCUUUGUGCACCCCCACUCCUCAGACAUACGCUCUAAGUGGACUAACCAUCUGAGUCUGGCCUUCUUGACUUCUGUCACCAGGCUGGGCUCUUCAUCGAGCAGGUAUAGCGCGGUGUUUGUACGGCUACGCUCCCACGGCUGUUCAACACGCAGGUGUUGCUAGCGUACAUAACAACUGGGUAGAGAAUUGUGCGAUAGAUCCGCUUUUUCGUUCUCCAAUUCAGUAAACGUGACUUUAGAAGUCGCUGGAGACUUGAAAUAUGCUCUAUUCCCCGCUUUCAUAAGUUCUCUUGUUUCCAUCGAGUUGUCAUUAUUUUCGGUCACUAGUAAUCCCAGGUAUUUAAACUACGGUACAUUUUCGAAUUUAUACUGGCCUACUUUGAGAAACCUCAGAGGAGUUCUUCUGUUCCUUGACGUAACCAUGUAUAUUGUUUUGGACUCGUUAAUGGUGGCUCUACAGGAUUAUUCUAGAUGCUCAAAGCUUUCUUUAAGUUCACGCUCCCUUCGACUGAGUAUAUCAAUGUCAUCAGUGUAGGCCACUGAACUGUUGAGCAGAGUUCCUCCUCUAUUAACUUCAAUACAUUAUCUUCUAAAAAAAUACUCAUUAAUGGAAAUUUAUUAUUAUCUACUAUAAAAAGAUAUCCACAGAUGUCUCCAAUACCCGCGAUGUAAAUUUUUCAACCGAGUUUCAAACCAAUUUCUACCUGUUCUAGUUUUUCAUAAGUCAGUUUAAAUCAAUGCCCUUCUGAAACUUUAAAAACUUUACAAAUAUGUAUUGAUAUAACCAUUUUCAGUAGCUAGAGUAACACAAUUUGUUUUUGAAUAGCUACUUCUAUUGAUUGUCUUCUGGGAUCUUCUAAGAGAGAUAGUAGGUUCUUCUCAUUGCCACCGUACGAAUGUUACCCAUCCAAAAUUUGCAUUUUAACUUCGUUUCUAUAAACCUAAUAUUAAGUUCUAUGCAUAUUGGGGUACCAUGUACACUGCGAUCCUAAGGAUCUAUUGUGUCCCCCUUUCUUGCUGUGACACUGCGGAUUUUCAGUGUUUGCAGCUGAUCUAUUAAUCCCACUCCCAGGUGUAAUACUCUAGACACUCCGAGAGAAUGUGGAUAGAGAUUUCAUCCUUUGUGCAGCAGAAUCUAUACAUUGUAUUCUGUGCUAGGGUCUUCAGGUGCUUAUUGAGCCGACAGUGCCACGACAGGAUUCCUCAUAAUACUAAGUUAAAGAAAUCUCAUAAGGGAAUUGAAUUUGCAACAGAUUUAUAAUGUUGACAACGUUUGCAACAGAUAAUUAAAACUUCCUAGUCUCGCCGCGGUCUCAAGGAACUGUCAAAUAUAUAAAAGCAAAUGGGCAGUAUAUAUUAAGGGAGUCUUGAAUCUUAUGUACAAAUAAAAAUAUUGAUAUUUUGGUUAAUUAGGCUUUGAAACCCUAGUUUUUUUAUUCAAUCUUGACGGGUUAUUUUUGUAAAGUUUGUCAAUAUAAUUGGUACAAACAAAAAUGUAUAUUCUCCGGGUAAUGAAUAUAGCUACAGUGUGUUGUAGAUAUCGUUUGUUGGAAAGCAGCCUUGGUGUGGAAUGGCAGUCCCAAAACUAAUUUUAGAACACCUCUUUCGUUUAAAAAAAUUGUUCACUACUUUGGUCAAUCAAAAGAAAAGCUACUUUGUGAAAUUGUAGAGUUCAGUACAUAUUUGCACCAUGUUUGUAAUCGCAGUUUUACAUUCUUGCAUAAUUACAUAUAAACUUUUUUCAGAUUAAUAAUAACGCUUAUCUUAGAAUAACCGAGAGAAUAACUGUCGUAUUUACUUUGUAUCAUAUGUUCAGUGUUUAUUUUAUACCUAUGACGUCACGCGACCUUACAGAAAUGUUUAAACUACCUACAAAUUUUUUGAAUUUUUAAUAAUUUUUUUCUCUAUAAAUGUUGAUCAAAGAAUUUAAAAAAAAAUUAUAAUAAAAGUUGUAUAUGCACUAUUUUUCUCUCAAACGAUGCAAAUACCCUAUUAUGAUUCUUUUUGAAUUUGUUAAUAGAUAGAGCCGAUAUAAAUGAAAUCAAACUAGACAGACAUAAAACUGACAUUAGAAGAACUUAUUAAAGGAAUAAAUACAAACAAGGGGGAAACAUUAGGGAAAGUAGAGAUUGGAGAGUAUAACAUGUAGGGGUUAGAUGAUAGAGAAUCCGUUUUUAUUUUUCAAAUUGUAAAUUAUUAAAAUACAAUAAAUGUAUUGUACCUAACCUAACCUAACCAAAUUUUCGUUAUUAAAAUUUUCUGAGCUUCAAAUAACUUUAUUAAAAAAUAUAAAAAAUGCUACAAAAGAAAUGUUAAUCUGAAUCUAGUAUACGGUUCAUUUCGUCAGCAUCUUCGUCGGGCGUUUCUUCAACUUCUAAAUUGUCACUGCUGGGGUUCGCUUUUUUGCUAUAUUUUUCUUCAUGUGUAGAAUACUUAUAGGUGCGAAAUAAACACAAGUAAUGAGAAUAAAAUUUCACAUUUUAAAUAAGAAAUUUUCUUUAUUUCGUUAUAGACAUUUUAAAGUUUGUUCAAGUUAAACAUUAGUAUUCCUUUCUUCACCUUAGAACAAUUUUCAGAGUUGAAAAACGAAAAAUUCUCGUUUCUUGUACUUUUAAAGAAAAAAGUCAUUAAUUACUAUUUUAUGUACUGCAUAAAUAACAAACAACACAAGUUACAUUGUCAAAGGAUAUAGACAAGCUAAUUACAUUAGGUAGAUUACAUUAAUAGAGGCAAACUGAUACAAUCGCGCUUAUACCGUUUUGCUACUAAUUUUUUUUGAUGCUAAUGAUUAGGAUCUAAAUGAAACGAAUGUACUUGUAUCGUUUUACUUUAGAGUUCAUUUUGAUAUAUUUCGUCAUAUUAUAGAUAACAUUAGAUGUUAGAUCACUUGAAUCCUCUUGCCUCCAACCAAAAUUGGUAUUUUUCUUAAAAAGAGCACUUGUACCCUUUUGCAUACCCUUCAUAUAAUAAUUUAUAUGACCCAAUGAUGAAUUUGCUAAAGAAUACAUAGAUUUUUGUACCUUUGCAAUUUUAAAUUUGUUUUGGGCUGUUCCAUUCACAUUUAUAACCUAAUUGUUAUUUUUUUUUCUAAUAAUUUUGAGAAGACUGAUAAUAGAUUUUUUAUUAUUGAUGUGCACCUUAUCUGAAGGAUUAUAUAACUUUAACCAUUCUUUUUAAUCUGUGUUAACACUACUUAGAUUUAUUUUAUAUACAUAUAUAUACAAAAAAAAAUUUGUAUUCAUAUUAAUUCUGUAUUUGCAUUUUGCAAGUUUUUUGCAAUAAAAGAAUGUUAUGAAUGUGCUACUUAAUAGUUUAUAUUGAAUAUACCUAUGUUGUUAUUUGUCAUAGCAGUUUUUUUCAUUAAUAAUAUAGCUGUUGAAUAUGACUUUGAUACUCUUUUUAUUACUAUUAUUUUUAAUUAAUAUGAUUAACUGUUAACAAAUAUGGAUAUAGAUUAAAUAAUAAAUAUACUGAUUACGAAA